AUCGAUAGGGUAGGGUGGGGCAAGACGCACCCUCGGGGUAAAACGCCUCUUUCUAUUUACUCGGCCUGUAUGGACUUUAUGCGGAUGUCUAACGACUGCAGACAGUGCUGCCAUCAAACGGCUGGUGUAUACAAAAGCACAAACGCUGAUAACUGACGAUAAUGGUUCGGAUAUAUAAAAGGAAAACGGACCGAGGGAAGUAUGGUGGUGAAAAGCUCAAAUCAGCACUAAAUGCCCUAAAAGAUCAGCCGCUGAAGCAGGUUAGUCGCCAGUAUGGUAUUCCAGCUCGCACGCUACGUCGACACCGGGACCUCAAGGUGAAAUACAGCGGCGUUGUUGUUCUUGGGCCAAAGCAGCCAGUGUUGUCACAUGACGUCGAACGCUUACUGAUCCAACAUAUUACACACAUGGAGAGGUCUUUGUAUGGGCUAUCGGCGGUCGAUGUAAGGCGACUUGCUUUUGAACUAGCUGAACGACUUGGCAUCAAGCACAACUUCAAAUCCGAAUCGAAGAUGGCUGGUCGUGAUUGGUUGCAAGGCUUCUUCAGUCGUCAUCCAGAUAUAGCUAUCCGCAUUCCCCAGGGUACGAAUAUUGCUCGCGCCGUUGGCUUCAACAAAGCAAAGGUUGAACAGUUUUUCAAACUUUACAAAACAGAACUAAACCGUUGCAACUACACUGCAAGUAGAGUUUGGAAUGUAGAUGAAACUGGAAUCACGAAUGUCCAGAAGCCUGGUAAGAUCAUUGCCACUAAAGGAAUUCGACAGGUGGGGAAAGUGACAAGUGGUGAGCGUGGAACCACUGUAACUGUAAUCUGUGCAAUCAAUGCCGCAGGCACGUAUCUACCGCCGAUAAUGAUUUUCCCCAGGAAAAGAAUGGCAGAGUCCUUGAUGACUGGCGCACCUCCACAAUCAGUCGGCUACUGCAGCGCCAACGGCUGGACAGACUGCAACCUCUUUGUCCAAUGGCUCGAGCACUUUGUAGACGUUACGAAUGCCUCGGUCAACGUGCCACAGCUAAUUAUACUAGACGGUCACCACAGCCACAAGACUAUUGCUGCAGUUGAGUAUGCAAGGAACCAUGGCAUCACGAUGAUCACAUUGCCACCGCAUUGCACACAUAAAAUGCAACCGCUGGAUAGGACAUACUUCAAGUCCCUCAAAUCUGCAUACAAUGCAGCAUCAGACAGUUGGAUGGUAGCAAAUCCAGGAAAGCGCAUCUCCUUGCAUGAUAUGGCAGCUUUGUUCGGCAAGGCAUUUCUACGAUCUGCUACUGCAGACAAAGCCGUCAAUGGAUUCCGAACAUGCGGAUUGUGGCCAUAUGAUGAGACUGUGUUUACCGACAACGAUUUUGCUGCAUCGAUGGUGACAGACGAGGACCCAUUACCGCCAACUGAUGCGCCUGAUCAGUCAACCGAUGCGCCUGGUCAGUCAACCGAUGCGCCUGGUCAGUCAACUGAUGCACCUGGUCAGUCAACUGAUGCGCCUGCCAUCGCUGGUCAGUCAACUGAUGCGCCUUCCAUCGCUGGUCAGUCAACUGAUACACUUGCCAUCGCUGGUCAGUCAACUGAUAUGCCUGCCAUCGCUACUCAGUCAACUGGUGCGCCUGCCAUCGCUGGUCAGUCAACUGAUGCGCCUGGUCAGUCAACUGAUGCGCCUGCCAUCACUGGUCAGUCAACUGAUGCGCGUGCCAUCGCUGGUCAGUCAACUGAUGCGCCUGGUCAGUCAACUGAUGCGCCUGCCAUCACUGGUCAGUCAACUGAUGCGCGUGCCAUCGCUGGUCAGUCAACUGAUGCGCCUGGUCAGUCAACUUAUGCGCCUGCCAUCGCUGGUCAGUCAACUGAUGCGCCUGGUCAGUCAACUGAUGCGCCUGCCAUCACUGGUCAGUCAACUGAUGUGCCUGCCGUCGCUGGGAAAUCAACUGAUGCGCCUGCCGUCGCUGGGACAUCGAAUGAAGUUCCUACCGUGUCUGGUCAGUCGACUCAUGUGACUCUUGUCGCAGGUCAGUCAGCAGCCACAAACAUGUUUGCCACAUCACCAGAUACUCGUCCAUUGUCAUGCCAGUCAGCAGAGCAGAUCAUAGAAGAGCUGUCUCCACGACCCAAACUGUCACAUCGACGCCCUCGGACACGUGUUGCGGAAUCUGCUGAGGUGCUGACGUCGUCCCCAUACAAAAGCAGGUUGGUUGAGAUAGCGGAAAAGAAAACUAAAAAGACUGUGAAAGAACUAAGACCGGCAAAGAUGAUUACAAAGGGGAAAGGCCAGAGCAGUGGAAAAGGAAAAGGAAAGGCUAAACCAAGACCACGUAAGAAACAGAGGUGCGAAAUGAGCAGCAGUGAGGAUGAAGAGUGGCCAUGUCUUAUAUGUGGAGAACCAUUCGAAAACAGCAGACCACGCGAAGUGUGGGUCCAGUGCCAUGACUGUAAGAAAUGGGCGCACAGAGAUUGUACAGAGGGUCAAGACUGUUUUAUUUGUCCCAACUGUGAUUCAGAUAGUGACUGAUAUCUGAUUCAAUGAUACAAACACCAGUUCAGAUACAAAUAGGGGGCAAACUGUUGUUUUAAUGAAGUUCAGGUUUCUUCCUUGAUUAAAAGUUGAAAGUUUUGUUUCAUUUAUGCUGGGGCAUCUUACCCCACAUUAAAGGGCGUUUUGCCCCAGGCACGGGGCAAGAUGCCCCCUUGGAUAAAAAAUAUUUUAUUAAAGAUUGCAUGUUCAAUAUAGUUGUUUUUCAUCA